ACUGGAGGCUGAAGGAAGAGACAGAGCAGGCUAACAUCGGGUCAGCAGGUGUUUCCAUGUAGACAUAUGCAUAAGUGUUCGUUAAUAAAAUGUAAUUAGCGGGGUUAUUGGUGACCGCAGUCAGUGAACAGCUUCGGUCGUUGUCAUGGCGAUGCGGCAGGCUUUGAAAGCCGUGCUGAUUGACCUGAGCGGCACGUUGCACAUUGAAGACACAGUGGUGCCUGGAGCCCCGGAAGCCCUCAAAAGGUUACGGGAAACGCCGUUGGCUGUGAAGUUUGUGACCAACACGACGAAGGAGAGCAAGCGGUCGUUGCUGGACAGGCUGCACCGGCUCAACUUCUCCAUCCAGGAGCGGGAGAUCUUCACCUCGCUGACCGCUGCCCGGGGCCUGGUGGAGCGGAGAAGCCUGCGGCCGCUCCUUCUGCUGGAGGACAGCGCUCUGGAGGACUUUGCAGGUAUUGAGACCAGUGAUCCUAAUGCUGUCGUGGUUGGACUUGCUCCCGACCAUUUCAAUUAUCAGACACUCAACAAGGCAUUCAGGCUGAUUUUGGAGGGAGCGCCGCUGAUCGCGGUGCACAAGGCGCGGUACUACAAGCGCAAGGACGGCCUGGCGCUGGGACCCGGCCCGUUCGUGACGGGGCUGGAGUACGCCACGGACGCCCGCGCCACUGUGGUCGGCAAGCCCGAAAAAACCUUCUUUCUCGAGGCCCUCCGGGACCUGGACUGCACACCCGAGGAGGCCGUCAUGAUCGGUGACGACGCCAGAGAUGAUGUAGGCGGGGCCCAAAAUGCUGGCCUUCGAGGAAUUUUAGUCCAAACUGGAAAAUACAGGGCAGGAGACGAGAACAAAAUCAGCCCGUUGCCGUUAGCGACCUGUGCCGGCUUCCCCCAGGCGGUGGACUACAUCCUGGAGCAGCUCAUGUGACCAAUGAAAUGACUCUGAGAGUUAUGUACGGGUAUGAGGUGUGACUCUUCACAGAAACUUCACAGACUCUUUGGAUGCUUAAGGAAUGCUGGGAAACGGUGGGCUGUGCUGAAUGUGAUUGGAUGCAUGGCUGUGUCACAGGCCCUGAAACCUCGCCCCUUUAAAGGAACAGCGCUUAUUAUGAUGAUCCUUUUCUGACUUCACAAACCAGGGCGACUCACAUUAGUGUUUAACCGUGAUGAUGCUUAUAAAAGGCAGUAAAUGUAACAAAACAAUACAAUAAAAUACAUUGAGUUCAGUAUAAACAGGGAAAAA